GGUAUGCUGUGCAUCUGUUUUAGGUUAUCAGGACACUUUUUGUUCCUUACCGUAAAGGAGUGGUGAUGUUAUUGUAUUGUAAUUAAUGGGAAGUGUGGCAAUGCAGUCAGAAUGUGUCAGUUGUUCAUUUGCAUCAGGACAAUUAGCAUCAGUUGCAUCAGUGGGUGGAGUUUAAGGACAGUAUAUUAGUUUGCAAUACUCAUGUUAGGUUGCUUCGCAAAGGUAAUUUUUCUGGUAUUAGGUUUGGUAGCAAAUAAAGUUAAAAAAAAUUGAAAUAUGUUUCAAUUUAUUAUAUUUGUUGGACUGGCUUUACUGACUGGUAGAUCAAUACCAACAGCUGCACAAACCACUGAAUCAACAUCUGAAUCAAUACCAAUAACUACACCUCAAUCAACAACACCUGCUGAAACAUCUACAGCUGAAUCAACAACAACCACUGAACCAACAUCUACAUCAACUACAGAAACAUCUACACCUGCUGAAACAUCUACAGCUGAAUCAACAACAACCACUGAACCAACAUCUACAUCGACUACAGAAACAUCUACACCUGCUGAAACAUCUACAGCUGAAUCAACAACAACCACUGAACCAACAUCUACAUCAACUACAGAAACAUCUACACCUGCUGAAACAUCUACAGCUGAAUCAACAACAACCACUGAACCAACAUCUACAUCGACUACAGAAACAUCUACACCUCCUGAAAUAUCUACAGCUGAGUCAACAACUACCACAUCUACAUCGACUACAGAAACAUCUAUACCUCCUGAAACAUCUACAGCUGAAUCAACAACUACCACAUCUACAUCGACUACAGAAACAUCUACACCUGCUGAAACAUCUACAGCUGAAUCAACAACUACCACAUCUACAUUAGCUGCAGAAACAUCUACAUCUGAAACAACAACAUCUACAUCUCACUCACCAACCACUGAAUCAACAUCUGAAUCAACAACACUAACAUCUACAUCUCAAUCAACAACACCUGCUCAAACAUCUACAUCUGAAUCAACAUCAACCACUGAACCAACAUCUACAUCGACUACAGAAACAUCUAUACCUCCUGAAACAUCUACAGCUGAAUCAACAACUACCACAUCUACAUUAGCUGCAGAAACAUCUACACCUGCUGAAACAUCUACAGCUGAAUCAACAACAACCACUGAACCAACAUCUACAUCGACUACAGAAACAUCUACACCUGCUGAAACAUCUACAGCUGAAUCAACAACAACCACUGAACCAACAUCUACAUCGACUACAGAAACAUCUACACCUCCUGAAACAUCUACAGCUGAGUCAACAACUACCACCAUCUACAUCGACUACAGAAACAUCUAUACCUCCUGA